AUGGGCAUCAUGCUGCAUCAUCUGGUCCUGCUUCUUUUGGCGGCCGUAUGGCCUGCCUUUGCAUUUCCUCGUGCUGCUUUCAAUCGAAGGAUUCGCUCUGUCGGUGGCACUUCAAUCCAUGCACGAGCCAAUGGCGUUACCGAUGAUAUCCCCAAUAUGGAAGGCUUCAAUAUUACCCUAAGUCCUUCGAAAUGGCAAGCCAUUCUGGUCAGCUCUUUCGACCGACAGGCCACUGCAACACUCACCACGACUCUGACAAUCUCGGAUUAUGAAACUGCUUUUACCAUCAAGCCGUCCGAUACUGCGGUGGACGCAGCCACUUUUACAGGCACGACUUCUGGCUAUACCCUGACAUCUAUAUGCUAUCCUACCCUUGCUACGGUAGCGGGAAGCACGCAAACAAAGUGUAUUAAAGAUACCGUGACAACCCUCGGAGUCAUUGAUAUUGGUUUGGUGGCCGUGACACCUAAUCCAACUGGCUUUGCAGUGGGCACUCAAACCCUGACUCCCGGAGGAGAAGUGACAGUCGGUACGCAUACCUUGUCGUUAGGGCCCAGCGGUGGCUUGAUCAUCGACGGGAGCUCUACUCAUAUCGACUCUCCAUCGACGACCACAACUAUUCUGGGCUCGACGACUAUCCCGUCUCAGACGCCCAAGCAAACGCCUACAUCCAGGACAAAAAUACAGAGUACUCCUACGUCUACCAGCACGAGCACUCAUACGACCAGCUCUAGGACAAGUACGAAGCCGUCGACCAAUCCGACCACAAAAAUUACCACUACCUCAAAAAAGCCAAGUGUAACCUCGACUAAGCCCAGCAAUACAUCUAUCAAGCCAACCACUACUUCGGCUAAGCCUACCAUUACUUCAACUAAGCCUAUCACCCCCACUUCACACUCCACUCCCCAGUCAUCUCAUACCGAUGAGAUCUUGACAAUUGGGACUCUUACCGUCACCGCGGAUCCCAGUGGCUUCCAAGUUGGUUCUACCACUCUCACACCCGGUGGUAUGAUUACGGUUGGUACACAGACUGUUUCUCUAGAGACAGGUGGUGGCGGUGUCAUUGUCGGUGGGGCUACCAUUCCUCUCACGACGACUUCAAGCACAUCAAGUCAAUCAUGGACCACGCUAUCUGACGCAUCCACCACUGGCCUCUACGGUAUCGUCACUCUGCCAGACUUCGAGACUUUGACAACACCCACGAUCAUCACGACGGAGUACAUCGUUUCGAGCACCCAAACCACGACAGGCCCUAUCUACGUGGGAACUGGUGGUAUCGUGCUUCAGUCAUGGCCUCCAUCUACGGAUGACGACCAUAUCGGUACUAGUGGUGGCAUCAUCAUCCCCGAUCCCAUUCGGCCGUCAAUCUCGACUCCCACUUUGAAAUGCCCAGCUAUUCUCGCUUGGCUUUGUGGAUCUGACCAUACAAGCACGACGGACGAUGGGUCGGAUGUUGAUCCGGAUGAUAAGCCCAAUAGCAAUCCUGCUGAUGAUCCGAACAAGGAUGACAAUCCUACAACGGAACCUACUUCGACUCACACCUCGACAACAUCGACAACUUCGAAGACUUCAUCAACUUCCACGACUUCGACUUCUACAUGUACCAAAACUCAGACUGUGACCGACUGCGGUGUUACAUGUAGCCCUACCGUCGUGAGUGGCCAGUCUACUACGACGACAACCUGCUUCACGACUUCGUGUAGUACCGUGGAGGGAUGUUCUGCAACUGGCACGACAUCAACUACCACCAUUACAUCUGAGGCAUGCGGUACUGGAACCGCAAGCUCGGCUUGUCCGACAUUCACCGAUGGACCUGGAUGGGUUUACCCUGAUACCACCAUCGACACAGCGGCAGUUAACUCGCUGGCGUCUUCUAUCAUGUCCGCAGACGCUUCGCUCCUGGCAGCAUUCUCGUCGGCAUUAGCGAGUAGCACUCCCACAACGAUGGCCACAACCACCAGCACAACCCAUAGCAGUGCUGUUACCAGAACGACAAGCCAUACUGCGCCGUCGACUACCAAGACAACUUCUCAGACCACAAAAACCAGCACCAGCAGCAAAUCCAAGACAACCUCCGCCACUACGACCUCUGCUCUAACUUGCAUUAAUCAAUACGAUUCCGAAACCGACGAGGAUAGCUGCUACUGCGAGGGACACACCGGAUCAUACCAGACCAUGAGUUCGACCUCCGGAAUGACAAACUAUCAACCUUGUGCCUGGACGACCCUGCCACCACUAUACACGGACGUCAACGUCGGCCCGAUCACAAGCACGCUCUCCGACGGAGACGUCGUCUACUGUACAUCCGCCCACUGGGCCGAAGACGGAGGAAGCAGCAAGUACUGCCUAGGCUCAGUGUCCACCAUCUCAACGGCAUCUCACACGUCCACCACCACGAGCAAAUCCUCCACGACAUCCUCCGGCGUCUCCGCAACGGGAACCGGAAAGCCAACGGGGGAAAUAUACAUCGGCAUCGUCACCGAGGGAUACACGUUUACCUGGAACGUCUACAUCCCGGGCGUCAUAGGUACCAUUCCAGACUGGUGCGACGACUCGAAUGGAACCAUGACGGCGAGCGGGGAUACCACGCGGUACUAUUACCCUCCCGAUAUCAAAUUCCAAGAUUUGAAUGGCAAGGCUAGUGAGUUGCCCUGCGUGUAUACGGGAGAUAAGGAUACCGUGGGGACGUUGGGUUGUGAGGGGGUGGGAACGGUCCCGUGUACGAGUGAUUUCGCGGAGAGUGAUGCCUCGCCGAUAUGCUAUAAUAGCGUGUUAUAUGCGGGGUCUGCUUUCCCUCGGGUUUAUUGCAAGUGGUAUGGGAGUGAUGGCGAUGCGUGA